GGCGCUGAGGCUCUGGUGCCUCUGGCUCCACCCGUUCUUGCUAUAUACUGGCAGCUCUCUCCUACCUUGUCACUAGUAAUCCUUCUUUGUGAUCCGGAGUAGAAUGCUAGCAAUGGAGACCUCUUGCUUCCUGACCUCCAAACCAUCCCCCAAGAGCAUGGUGAUGCCAUCGCCGGCCGGUGUCGCGAAGCCCAAGCUUCAUCUACUCUUCGGCAACCGGCGUGCGGGCUCCUCCGUCACUUGUUGCAGCUACAACGCGCGGUCGUCGGAGGACGGCGCGGCACCGGCGAUCGACCCGGACUGGCGGUCGUUCCGCGCGCAGCUCUACUUCAACGAUCAGUACGCGAAGAGUGUCAACCCGGCCGUGACGGCGAUGCCACCGGACCCGGUGAAGAUUGGCGACAAGUGGGCGCACCCCCUGGUGGAGCCCGAGAAGGGGUGCCUCCUGAUCGCGACGGAGAAGCUGGACGGAUCGCACAUCUUCGAGCGAACAGUGAUCCUCCUCCUGUCCGCCGGUGUGCUGGGCCCCGUUGGCGUGAUCCUGAACCGGCCGUCGCUCAUGUCCAUCAAGGAGGCGCAGUCCAUCUUCGCGGACGACGCCGACAUUGCCGGCGCGUUCUCGGGGCGGCCGCUCUUCUUCGGCGGGCCGCUGGAGGAGUGCUUCUUCCUGCUGGGGCCACGGGCGGCCGCCAGCGACGUGGUGGGGCGGACGGGGCUGUUCGAGGAGGUGAUGCCGGGUCUGCACUACGGGAUUCACGAGAGCGUCGGGUGCGCGGCGGAGCUGGCGAAGCGCGGGGUGGUCGGCGUCAGGGACUUCCGGUUCUUCGACGGCUUCUGCGGGUGGGAGCGCGAGCAGCUGCGCGACGAGGUGCGCGCGGGGCUGUGGCGCGUCGCGGCGUGCAGCCCCGCCGUGCUGGGGCUCGCCAGCGUCGUCAAGGGCGGCCUCUGGGAGGAGGUGCAGGGGCUCGUCAAAGAGAGGAGGGUGUGGUGAUUGAAUUGGUUGUACAUACACCAUCUGGCAUUGUACGAAUUUCUCUCAAGUCAGAUGGCGUCUUUGUAAUUAUUAAUUAAUUAAUUAACUUGUAAGAAAAUUAAUGCUUCGACAACAA